GCUCAGCUGUGUGCAGGAAUUAAGCAUGGCUUCCAUCUCCAACAACUUCUCAGCUUUCAGGAUCAUACUUGGAUCGUCGUCACCGGCGCGCCGCGAGAUCUUGGCCGACAUGGGAUACGAGUUCACCGUCAUGAGUGCCGACAUCGACGAGAGAGACAUCCGGAGGAAGAAGCCAGAGGAGCUGGUCAAGGCCUUGGCUGAAGCUAAGGCUGAGGCCAUCAAGCUGAAGCUUCAUGGCUACUGUAAUCCAGACAGAGACCAACCUACCCUCCUGAUCACUUCUGACCAGGUUAUGGUGAGCAAAGGGAUGAUAAGGGAGAGGCCAAGAAGCGCAGAAGAAGCCAGAGAAUUUAUCAAGGGGUAUUCCGGUGAUCGAGCAUUUGCAGUUAACUUUGUUCUUGUGACCAACCUUACCUCUGGGGUUACAAAAGGAGGAUGGGACAUACCUGAGAUCAAGUUUCAGCACAUACCGGAAGAGUUCAUCGACAGAGUGGUUAAUCAAGGAGACAUGACCUGCGUGGCUGGCGGGCUUAAGCUGACACAUCCAUCAGUGCUGCCUUUCAUCAAAAAACAAGUCGGUGCAGCGGACAGCGUUCGAGGUCUUCCAAGGGAGCUCACCGAGAAGCUUAUUCGAGAAUCACUGGAAGCAGACUCACAGAGCGUAUCCGUUUGCAACCAGGAGUUGUCGAGAUGUUAGAAAGAAAAAAGAUGGAACUG